CUGGCAAUGACCUUUUAAACUUUAGGCAUUAGAUAAAACUUCAUCUUUCAACUAAACUGCGUCAUAACAUUAAAUCACGCAGUGGCAUGAAGUCAACAUGGCAAAUCCAGCCACGAACUGCCCCUCCUCAAAGGGAGGGGUCCUCCUUUUAUACUCUGUAAAAAAAACCUGUCACAUGACCUCUAUUGGCGGGAAAAUUACAUCACUCCACCAUCACAAGACCAUUACCUCAAGUCCAGUAUAGCUUCAACCCCAGUCACGUGACAAGGGUACGUAACAUAACCAUAUUUGACCUUCCAAACUGUAUCAGUUCACACUUAUCCAGAUCGAACUUCAUCUGCCACUUAUGCUGACCUCACAUUUGUCAAGGUCCCCAACAGUACUGAACACCAAAGGAGGGUAUUCAUUAAAGACCUCCCUAUCUCAUCCGACUUCAGGAACAUAUUUCUCCCUUUAUCCCUUUUGUCUGUGAGGGUGCCUGUCACCCUGGCCAUUUCCUUCACUGCCUUCUGGCAGGAGAUGCAGGAGCUUGAAAGCCUGGAGCACCAGACUCAUUAACAGCUUCUUCGCCAAUGCUAUCAGACUUACUCAUAGAGACUGGCAGCACAGAAACAGCCCUUCAGCCCUACUGGUCCGUGUGUACACCAUGAUGCCCUAUCCAAUUUAGUUCCAUUUCCCGUAUGUUCUAAAUCUUCCCAAUCCAUGUGCUGUACCUGUCCAACUGUCUUUUAAAAGUUAUUAUAUCUGUCUCACAUAGAUAAUCCUUUGUGUAAAAAAAGCUAUACUCACACUGUCAGAGGGUCAGUAUUGAGGGAGUGUCACACCGUCAGAGGGACGGUACUGUGGGAGUGUCACACUGUCAGAGGGACAGUACUGAGAGAGUGUCACACUGUCAGAGGGACAGUACCGAUUGUAAAGAAACUGCUGGCAAUGACCUUUUAAACUUUAGGCAUUAGAUAAAACUUCAUCUUUCAACUAAACUGCGUCAUAACAUUAAAUCACGCAGUGGCAUGAUAUAACUCAGUCCUGGCAACAUCUUUGCAAAUCUCUUCUGUACUCUGGAGAGUUUAAUAACAUCUUUCCUAUAGCAGGGUGACCAGAACUGAACACAAAACUUCAACUCUUGAACUACUUUUUCCACACGCAUUACAUGGUGAUGCAGUCACAUCCUUGAAUCUUUCCUUCUACCCUCCCACUAUUGUUACUUCAGCAUUUCUUUUUCCACAAGUUUGGUCUGCACAACAAUCACUACAGUAUCCUGCUGUUGUAUUUAUUAUCAUCAUGUUACUGUUUAUUCAAGUCAGGUUGAGUUUAUUGGCAUGUGUUCCAGUACGGUGAGAAACAGGAACACGAAAGACUUUCUAGCAGCAUCGUCACAAGCAUGUAGCUACAGGCUGGGACCAUGCGACUCUCCACUUUCUUCCUGCUGGUGGCAGCCUUCAGGUCUGCCCAGUCCCUCUGCUCCCGGCAUGGGAUUUACCUGUCCUGUGAGAAACAGAACCUGAGUCACCCUCCAGCCGUGCCAGCGGGUGUGGUGUACCUCAACCUCAACUGGAACAACAUCAACUACAUUGAGAGGAACUCCUUCUCCUGGACGGACGAGCUCCGCACCCUGACAAUCGGGAAACAGGACAGUAGGUGGAUGGACGUGGGGCCCAGCGCUUUUGGGAAUCUGCCUAAUCUGACAUUCCUGGACUUAGGAGGCAACAUUCAACUGCAGUUGGACCUGGAGGCGUUCACUGGCCUGGGACAACUGCAGACUUUGCUGCUGGACUAUAACGGUCUGAAGGACUCGGUCUUACAAAACGGGUACUUCAGACACUUAACUUCAUUGCACACUUUGGUUCUGGAAGGCAACAAGUUACAACACAUCAGACCAGACCCAACCUUCUCCAACCUCCGGGCACUGCAGAAUGUUGACUUCAGUUUCAAUCAGAUCCAGCAGAUUUGCAAGGAAGACCUGGUUAAUGUUCAACACAGGCUUUUCAGAAUGUUUGAUAUAUCCUGGAACCGUCCUUUGUAUGCAAAUAAAUCCCUCAGCUGGGAGAGGUGUGGAAACCCCUUCUCCAACAUCUUCCUAUACACUCUGGACAUAUCGGGCAUUCCUCUGAGCAUUCAACAGCUGGAGAAGAUGUUUCUGGCAAUGAGGGGAACCCUCAUCAUCGAGCUGAGAAUGGGACGUUUGUCCAUCGGGGCAUCAUUCGGUUACAACAACUUACCCGAUCCCAACAACCAAACAUUUUCAGGGCUCGCCAAGAGUUCUGUCAUGAUCUUGAAUCUCCACCAGACAAGCAUCUUCUCCCUGCAGCCCCAUGUCUUUUCACACUUCCCUGACCUAAAGAUCCUCUCCUUACCUCACAACCGCAUCAACCUCAUACAGAAAAAUGCCUUCUUCGGCCUGGAAAAUCUACUGACGCUGAACAUUUCCUACAACUUGUUGGGUGAGAUCUACUCAUGGACAUUUGAGGGUCUGCAGAAUGUUUCCUACAUUGACCUACGACACAACCACAUUGGGGCCAUCCAGUUUGGUUCCUUCGAAGGACUCACUCAGCUUGUCACUUUAGACCUUCGGGAGAACUCUCUUUCCCGUCUCCCAGCCUCCAAGCCAUUGCCUGGCUUGCAGUACCUCCUCUUAGGAUAUAACCGACUAGAAGAGGUGUAUGGGAUGGGGAACGUGAACAACAUCACCUUUCUCGAUCUUUCUAACAAUGCGUUUGAGAACUUGCAGGUGUUUUACGAGAUUAUGAAGCAGCCCACAGUGACUCACCUUCUGCUAAGGAACAACCGCUUAUCCGUGUGCACCAUUGCACCUACCAACACCAUCCCGAAAAGCAACCACCUCCGUCACCUCGACCUUUCCGGUAACUUCCUCCAGCUAACGUGGGCAGCUGGCGAGUGCUGGGAUGUGUUCCACAACCUCUCCAACCUGACGGAGUUACUUCUCCAGCGGAACUAUCUUGCUAAGCUGCCCCAAGACGUCUUCAGUGGCUUAGUCUCCCUGAAGAGGCUUAACCUGUCCCUGAACUCACUGACCCAGCUCAGCCACGACCUCUUCCCCAGCAACCUCGAGAUCCUGGACCUGUCCAGCAAUCGCCUGAUUUCACCCGACCCAGCCGCCUUUAGCUUCGUCAGGCGUCUGGACCUGAGGAACAACCAGUACAUCUGUGAUUGCAGCCUCAACCGCUUUGUCCUCUGGCUGAACCGCACUGAGGUGGAGUUGGUGGAACCCCUGACCCAGAUGGUUUGCGCCUUCCCGAAAGGGCUCAAGGACGUACCUCUUCUCUCACUCACGCCAGGCUGCGGGAUGGAGGAGACGCAGUUUGCCCUGUUUGUCACCGUGACCACACUCCUGGUGAUUUUUCUCACCUCUGUUCUCCUCUACACUCACUGCUGGUCCUCGAUCCUCCUGUGCUACAGGGCUGCUACCAGGACUGUCCUGGAAGGAGGCAAGACAGAGACAGACAGGUUGGGCUACAGGUUUGAUGCCUACCUCUGCUUCAGCAGCCAGGACCUGGAAUGGGUGAAAGACAGUCUGCUCUUGAAUCUAGAGGAGAACCGGUUACAACUGUGCAUCGAGGAGCGGGAUUUCAUUCCUGGGGAAGACCACAUUACCAACAUACGGGAGGCCAUAUGGGGCAGUAGGAAGACAGUGUGUGUGGUCACCAGGCGUUUCUUGAAGGAUGGCUGGUGCCUGGAGGCAUUCAACAUUGCCCAGAGCCGCCUCUACCACGAGUUGAAAGACGUUGUGGUCCUGCUAGUGGUGGGUUCCCUGAGGGACUACCAGCUCCGGAAGUACAAGCCCCUACGGUCCUAUCUGCAGAGCAGAGGGUACCUGCGCUGGCCGGCCAAGCCCUACGACCAGUACUGGCUCCUGCAGAGGCUGGCUGACAAGAUCCGGCAGGACCCCAAGCAGAGAAGGGUCAGAGCCAGGAGGAAAACAUUUCUGGGCCUCCUCCCCUGGAGGAAGGAAACAGGAGAGGUCAGGUUACAGAGGGUGGUCACCAUCUCUGGCUGACUGGUGCGCUGACUCGUGUCCUUGCUGGAUCCUGGGGGAGCACAGAGUCAGUGAGUCAGAUUGUGUGAUAGAGAUGGGGAGAGGGAGGAAGAAGAGAGGGAUAACAUUGGGGACAGAGAGUAAAUGGAAGAUGGGGUACAGAGGGAAAGAGAAGGAACUGGGGAGAUAGGGGCCAUCCCGUUUACCAUCCCACCCAGAUUCAUUACAUCAACACACUGACGUGUUACUACCUGUCCCUUAGACAAAUCACUAACACGCUUAGUGAGCAGUUGGACCUCAACACUGAUCUCUGGGGUUUCCCAGCAGAUAUCACCUGUCACCCAAGGAUCCAUUUAUUCCCAUCCACAUCUACUUUCUGUGAACCAACUCCCAGUUCAUCCUCCACAACUCCCUGUUCACCAACCCAGUGCACAGACCUUUUCAACAUCUCCAGAACACCAUGUUACUAGUCAGAUCCUCAAACCCUCAACAGUCACACUUGACAUCCCUUUAGAAAUUCACUCUGACUUCGUUCAAUUAUUGUUUUCGAGACAUCUUAAUAUUUAUAACAGAUUCCAACAUUUUCCCAACUACUGAUGUCUGGUGAACAGAUGUGAAUUCCCAGUUUUCUCCCUCCUUACAGGAUUGUCGGGGUUACAUUUCCACCCUCUAAUCUACAGGAAUACUUCCAGAACGUGUAGAAUUUUCGGAUGUCCUCACUAUCAACAGCUACCUGCUACUGGGAUGUGGAACUUCAGGUCCUUAGGAAUUUCAGCUAGUGGGCUUUAUUUCUAUAUUAUUAUUUCCUCACUUAUUCUUUGUCCUGUUUUAUUUUCUGCAGACAGAUACAAGUCAUUGUUUAUCUGAGAUUGCUGGAGGGUUAGAUGGUAGUUGUGGAGGGAAGAGGAAUUGAUGACAGUUCCUUAUCCCCCACAGAUGCUGCUUGACCUGCUGAGUUUCUCCAGCAGUUUGUUAACUGUUUAAUCCCUGCCUGCAGUAGCUGGAAUGGAAAUAUUUUGCUUUUGCUUGAUGGAGGAAUCAGAUGGCUGCAUCUGAUUCUGUCAAAAAGGCAGAGGAGCCAGCGGGAACAAGGCAGGGUGGGAUAACAGCAGAGACAGAGUGUGCCGGUCUGCAGAGAGCUCAGCGGUUAAGACCAGAGAGACGCAGAGGGGCAGGGGGCAACAGACACUUUAAAGGCAAAACAGGGACAAUGUAUACACCUGCUGGAUAAAUGUAAAAUAAACUUUUUGGAUUAGGAUGUAAAGUUGCAGGUAAAAGUAUGAAACCACAGAGGAAGUAAAGUUAGAAGGUAGAGGAGAGAAAGAUUUAGAGACCAAAACCUGACCAAUGAUUUAUCAGAGAUUAAAAUCAUACUAUAGUAUCAUUACCCUGUGGUUUCUUGUAUUACUGUUUGCAGAGCUUUAUAUUCUUUGUUUCGCUACUUGUUUUUAAAUAAACUUUACAAAGGAAAACCAAGCUGUGUUCACAAAAUCACGGAAUCACUCACUGUUCACAGAAUCACAGAAUUCCCAGAAAUUCACGGAAUCGCUCAGUUUGCCAACCACUACGCCUAUCUAUACUAAUUCCAUACCCCUCUGCGCUCUCUUCAAUCAGGUACCUGUACAGGUUUCUCUUAGAUGUUUUUCCUGUUCCUGCUCCACUAUCUCCUUUGGAAGCUGUUCCAGAGAUCAACUACUCUGUGUGAAAGAUUUACACUUCACAGCCGAGAGAGUUUGCAGAUGCUGAAAGUCCAGAGUAACGCACACAAAUGCUGGAGGAACUCUGCAGAUCAGGCAGCUUCUAUGGAAAGUCAAUGUUUCAUGCUGAGACCCUUCAUCCGGACUGGAAGAGGCCAGAAUACGAAAGUGGGAUAGGGGAAGAAGCACAAUCGAGAAGGUAAUAGGAGAAGCCACAUCUUCUUAAGUCUCUUCCCUCUAUCCUUAAAGUUAUACAGUAUAGUUUUAAGCAUUCUAUCAUGUGAAACUAACUCUAUCUUCCCUAUUUCCUAACUAUUUUAUCUGUUAUCACGUUUCUCAGCCUUUCAAAACUCUCCAAUCCCAAACACAUCCUUGAAAAUCAUUUUUGCUUCCUCUCUAGCUUAAUCACAUCUUUGGAGGGCAGAACUACACACAACAAACCAAGUGUCACACAUGAUUGCUGUAAAUAUUGGUAGCUUUACUACUUCAGAAUAGACACGCCAUGGGAUAACAGCUCACCCCAUCCAGAAAUAAAGCUGGUUGAUAAUCUCUAACACGAGUUCUAACAAGCUAAAAGGGGAAUCCCAAAAUCACCAGCAAAAGGUGCACCCUGACAUUUAUCUAUGAUGAACCAAAUCCUCUUGUUUAUAAUGCGUAACUGUAUUUGCCUAUAUUUAGAGUCCAGUGUUUACGGGGGGUAAACUUCCACCGUGCUUUUAGGAGGGGAGUUUUUGGAUUUGGACCUAGUGAUAAUGAAGGAAUGGUGAUUUAUUUCUAAGUCAGAAUGGUGUGCGACUUGGAGGGGAACCUGUGGGUGGUGGGUUCCCCUGCAUUUCCUGCACGUGGAUUUGGUGGUAGAGGGGGUAGUUUGGGAUCUGCUGCAGUGCAUUUUGUAGACGGCUCAUACUGCAGUCACUGUGGGCUGGUGGUGAAGGGAGUGAAUGUGUAGGGUGACAAAUGAGGAAGUCAGUUCAAAUCACCAGCUGUAUCGAUGCCCUAAACUCUCUCCUCCUCCUUCACAAUUCAUUGACUCAAGCUGCACACAUAGCUGCCACUGUUCCCUUCCACACUCUUGUACCAACAGAGCCAAGGGCCCAGCCUCAGAGCCUCUAAUACUCUGAGGGGGAAUUUCUUCAGCCAGAGCGAGGUGAAUCUCUGCAAUCAGCAGGCUGUGGAGACCAAGUCACUGGGUAUAGAUUGGUAGGUUCUUAAUUAGUAAGGAGGGUUAUGGGGUGAAGAUGGAAAAAUGGGGUUGAAGAAAAGUCAGUCGAGACUAAAUGGCCUAACUCUGCUCUAUAUCUUAUGACCUAUAUCUUAUAUCAUAAGACCUAUAUCUUAUGGUCUGUCUCCGCCCUAAACUUAAGUCAACAUUUAAUUUACUGUGGGGUUGUGAAUUCCCCCCGAAACUCAUGUGGUUCCCAACUCUACCCUACCACUUGGAAUCCUAGAGAGACUGAUUGCUUACAGAGGCACAGUGUACAGGGAGAAUCCAUCGGAUAAACCAUCAAACACCAUUUUAUUCUCCUGUCAACUCCCCAGAGAUUUUACCCCUCAUCAUUUUACAGCAGGCAAUUAUCCUACCUCUCUGGGGUGGAGGAGGCAACCAGUGUACCCAGAGAAACCCACACGGUUACAGAGAGAACAUACACACUCCAAACAGUCAGCACCUGGGGCCAGAAUUGAACUCAGGCCUCUGGAUCUGCAAGCUGCAAGACAGCAGCUGUAUCCCCUUCACCUCUUGUGCUGGCCAAGCAGUGAACAGUGCCCCUUUAGCCCAGACACUGGUUUGGAAGCUUAGACAGAUUUCUGCUGCCCCCCACUCCCUUUUACUCCCAGAGUCAGUGGCAAAGGGCCAAUACCACAAUACCACAAUACCACCUGAUCGGACUCAGAUUGUACUGGGGCGGGGGGAGGAGCUCAUAUCCUUGAUACUGGAUAAUGCCCCACUGUUGCAUAUAAUGUUUCAGUGGUGGAACAGCUCCGGGUGCUGUUGGCAGACUGAAGCUCUCAGUGUAAGGACACACUGGGGGCACCAAGCUCGAAGGGUGUGGCAUCACUCCUUUCCUGAACCACUGAACUGGGAACUGCCACCCCCUGAGACCACUGUUCGACUGGUGCAACCACUCCUGCAGAUCCUCUCUCGUGUGGUCCCAUCCUUCUUGUACUGUGGUGACCAGAAUCAUAUCAUGUCAUGUUACCCAGACUCGAGAGCUUGGGUUGUAGGGUGAGGUCAGAGAGAUUGGGAUUUUAUAAAGGUGUUUAAAAUAAUGAAGGGCAGAGAUAGGGUGAAUGCACACAGUCUUUUCCAUUGGGAUGGGAAAUCAAGAACUAGAGAGCACAGGGUUUAAGAUCAGAGGGGAAAGUUUUGAAGUGGUCCUGAGGGGCAAUUUCUUCAUCCAGAGGGUAAUCGGUAUGUGGAACGAGCUGU